CAUUGCUAGCUCGAGCUUUUAUAUUAAAGUAGCGUAACCUUAAAGGGCUGUACGGACGCAGAAACGUGCCACAUCGAUUGCUUUUGCAAUAUCCACAACCAACGGCUCUGAAUUUACCUUAAAUAUGUCUACAAUCGUCCACUGUCAAACAGAUCAGGUUAUAAUGCACAAUCAACACAGAAAAGGUUUGAGUCUAUAGCCAACGGGACACCCGAGGACUUGAUUGCAGUCACUCUAAGCCUGAGAGUUUGAGUCACCUCUGCCCCCCUUGCCGUGCCCGCUGGCAUUGCCUUUAACACCACAACGUAGUGAAGGAAGACCUAGGCACUCCCAUUCCUGGCUCAGCUUCACUUGUGCUUUUUACAGCUUUUUGAAAACUAUCUCCAAGACGUACGUCAUUUAGUAUUAAGCUUAAUUUCCAAAACAAGCAAAAAUGAUUCCCAACGGAUAUUUGAUAUUUGAGGACGAAAGUUUCCUGGAUUCCACCGUGGCCAAGAUGAACGCCCUUAGAAAGAACGGCCAGUUCUGUGAUGUGAGACUUCAGGUAUGUGGUCAUGAGUUGAUGGCUCAUCGGGCUGUGCUGGCCUGCUGCAGUCCAUACCUGUUUGAGAUCUUUAACAGUGACCUGGAGCCUCAUGGCAUCUCCCAUGUGAAGUUUGAAGAUUUGGACCCUGAGGCUGUGGAGAUCCUUCUUAACUAUGCUUACACUGCCCAGUUAAAGGCAGAUAAGGAGCUUGUUAAAGAGGUUUACUCUGCUGCUAAACGACUCAAAAUGGACCGUGUGAAGCAGAUCUGUGGUGACUACCUUCUCUCCAAGAUGGAUUCCCAGAGUGCCAUCUCCUAUCGCAAUUUUGCCAGCUGCAUGGGAGAUGCACGUUUGCUGAACAAGAUUGACAGCUAUAUCCAGGAGCAUCUUCUGGAGAUGUCUGAGCAAGAGGAUUUCCUCAAGCUCCCACGCCUUAAGUUGGAGGUGAUGCUGGAAGAUAACCUGUCCUUGCCUAGCAAUGGAAAGCUUUACUCGAAGGUGAUUGGCUGGGUUCAGCGCAGCCUGUGGGAAAACGGCGAACCGCUGGAGCGACUGAUGGAGGAGGUGCAAACGCUGUACUAUUCGGCUGAUCACAAGCUGCUCGAUGGGAGCCUGCUUGACGGGCAGGCUGAGGUGUUCGGCACUGAGGAUGACCACAUCCAGUUUGUGCAGAAGAAGCCCCCACGUGAGAAUGUACACCGACAGCUGAGCACCAGCUCCUCUGGCAGCCUCUCCCCUGGCUCCACCAAACAUCCCUGCAAGCAAGAAUGGAAAUACAUCGCUUCGGAGAAGACCACCAACCACACGUACCUGUGUCUGGCUGUGUUGAAUGGCGUGCUGUGUGUGAUCUUUCUACAUGGACGCAGCAGUCCUCAGGCCUCGCCCUCGGCCACCCCUUGUCUAACCAAAAGCAUGAGCUUUGACAGUCAGGCUCUGGAGGAAGAGCCGGAUAAGCUGCUGGCACCCAUGCACUAUGCUCGCUCAGGCCUGGGCACUGCUGCUUUGAACGGUCGACUCAUUGCUGCAGGUGGUUACAACCGUGAAGAAUGCCUGAGGACUGUGGAAUGUUACGACCUGAACACUGACAGCUGGACAUUCCUCGCCCCGAUGAGGACUCCGCGUGCGAGAUUUCAGAUGGCAGUGCUCAUGGGUCAGCUUUACGUGAUGGGCGGGUCCAAUGGCCAUUCUGACGAAUUGAGUUGUGGGGAGACUUACAACCCAAACACCGACGAGUGGACUCAAGUGCCAGAGCUCAGAACUAACCGCUGCAAUGCAGGUGUCUGCUCUUUGAGCAACAAGCUGUAUGUCGUUGGAGGAUCAGAUCCGUGCGGACAGAAAGGCCUGAAGAACUGUGAUGUUUUUGACCCUGUCAGCAAGGCCUGGACCAGCUGUGCCCCAUUCAACAUCAGGAGGCAUCAAGCUGCCGUGUGCGAGUUGGAAGGAUUCAUGUACGUGAUUGGAGGAGCAGAGUCGUGGAACUGCCUGAAUAGUGUGGAGCGCUACAAUCCAGAAAACAACACCUGGACCCUUGUUGCUCCGAUGAACAUAGCCCGCAGAGGAGCCGGAGUGGCCGUCCAUGAAGGUAAACUCUAUGUGGUGGGGGGCUUUGAUGGCUCUCAUGCCCUGCGUUGCGUUGAAAUUUACGAUCCUGCCCGAAACGAAUGGAGGAUGCUGGGUAGCAUGAACUCGCCACGCAGCAAUGCCGGCGCGACCAUGCUCGAUGACAUCAUCUACGCCAUCGGUGGCUUUGACGGAAACGACUUCCUCAAUACAUUCGAGGCCUACAACCCUAAAACAGACGAAUGGAGCCCAUGUGCAGAUGCAUUCACCAAUUCCUAAGAGCCGGGCUGGGGAAACUGGGCGGGUGGGAGGGGGGCACUCACUCAAACUAACAGGCUUAGUGACGUAAUCGUGCUUUGUGAUGUCCUUGAUGUAUGCGAGCGGGCGGGUUUACGAGGGUGCGAGGGGUGGGAUGGGGUCUCAUGGGGGUCUGCAUUGAAGUCACCCAUGAGGCUGACUUUUCUUACAGUGUUUGGGUGGGGGUGGUCAGUUGGGGGUUGCUGAAAGCAACAUUAAGCCUUUGCAUAUUGCAUACUUUAUUUUUUUUGUGUUGUAUAUAUUGUUUAGUUUCAUUUUUCUUUCCUGUUUUAUGAAGAAUGCCAACAUUUAUUACACAUCAAGUGUACCUUUUUGAAUUGAGUGCUUUGGAAUAUUUUUACUUUCGGGGGAAGUUUUAGCAUCUCUGAUGUAAAGACAGGAUCGAUUGGCUUAACCUAUUUAAGGAAGUGACUUUGGUUGAAUUAGUUUUUCUUUGUCAUCCAACCAUGAUGCUGAUUACUGUAACCAAUCUUUAAAGAUGGCCUUUUUUAUAUUUUUGAUACACUGCUAUGUAACCAAUAGAUGGAUUAGAUUGCAGAUGCACAACACCUGUGAGGUAAUAAACUUUAAUCAGUGCCAGUUUAGUAUAUGCAUAUUCAACCAUGCUUCAAUGCUUUUUAGAUAAUUUGUUUGUUUUUUGACAGAUUCACCCAAGUGAGAAAAGGCUUGUUUCUUGAUACCUUUUCUAAAAUAUCUUGUUUUUCUUUAAUUUGGAUGAGUUCUUUUGGCUCCAAGGAUUUGUUUUCUCAUUAAACUAAAUUGGGAUAAAUCUCUAUCACAUUUGUUACUAUGAGCUGAUAUUUCCUUACUAAUAAACCAUUCAACCUGUCAAAAUCA